AUGUUAGUUCUCCGCAGACCUAACAAAAAGAGUUAGGAUCAUUAUUACACUUCCUCGACAUAUUCACAGGGUUAAUAAAUCACAAAAAAGUGUUCAAAUUCAACAAAAAAUAUUUUUAUAAGGAUUUACUUGUAAGCGUUUCUGUUAAUUUACUGCCGUAGUACUAGUUAUGAGUAUUACCGUAUCGCAACAAAUAUGAGGCUAAUAGACAUAUGACAGCUGUCAUGUAAUAAUGAGGGUAGACUGAUAAAACAAAAUUAGCUGUCAAAGUUCGUGUGGCAAAACCAGUGUUGACCAGUGAUAUUUAUUCUCAAGUGUAAUAUCAUGUUUUCUGCAUAAAUUUAAAGCUGCGUUAGCCAAAGUCACGUUUCUGUUCUGGAAUGACUUUUGUUUCCAAAAAUAAGUAGAAACAUGGCGAAAAUUCUUCUGCGGUUAGUCCACCCUUCCCCUCAUGCCAUAAGAAACAAUUUGUUGAGCAUAGUUAUUAUAAAAGCAAAGAAUGUGAACGCAUAAUUUUGUCUUGUUAUAUGAGCAGCUAAUAUUAGGUUUAGGAGACAUUAAAACAGC